GACACGGUACAAUGCCGUCGGACAGGACUAACGCUGCGAGCAGCAGCUCAAUGGGCAAUCAGCUAGAUGGCGAAGACCAAGAUCUAUCCUCCACGAGCCGGGCAGCGCGCAAGGGCGGUAACCCCCUGCAGCGUGGCUCCGCCUGCCUCAGCUGUAGGAAGCGCAAAAUGAAAUGCGACGCGACGAAACCCGUAUGUCGACAAUGCGUUAAAGCAAACAGAGCAGAAGAAUGUGACUAUGACGAUGGGAGGCAGAAGAGCCGCACGCAGAUCCUUCAGGAGAAGAUCGCGAAGCUAGAAGAUCGGAUACGUGAACUUGAGUGUGCGGACGACGAGUAUGCACCUGAGCAGCAGCAACAAACGUACGACCCAACAUAUGAUGCGUUUGGACAAGCAACGGCGACGACGGGCUUUGGAGGUGAGGACUACAGUGCUGCUGGGACGAAUGGUGGAGCGUACGGGUUCGCAGGCAGUGGAGUAGCACCGUACCAUUCACCGGCAGAGUCGGCCUCUGCCUCGGGAUCUUCGAACGGACAGUCGUUCUCCCCACUCAUCCUUGAUGGAGGCACUAGCACAUCUACUCCAUCCCUUUCGUACCAUGGACACGGACACGGGCCGACAGCCGGUCCAUCGAGUGCGUCACUCUUUCCCCCCGGACCUGAGCAGCAACAUCAGCACCACCAUCAAAAUUCGUUCUAUCCUUCUCCAGCAGAGAUAGGCAAUACUAGCAGCGCAGCCGCCGACCUCUUCGGGUUUCCAAGCUCGCCUGAUGUUGUGGGUGUCCAUGGCCAUGGCGGCUCGGGGAUAGCAGUGGCUUCGGCUUCGACUUCGGCGGCGGGUAGACCGGGUUCCGCGGGACCUUCGGGUAGUAGCUCGAGUGGUGCCGCAUGGGGUCAGCAACAUGAAAUUAUGAAUAUGAGUUCUAUCUUUGGGCCUGCUUCGACUUCGACUUCUGUGCCCGGCGCUGGCGCUGCUGCUGCGUCGGUUCCGGGUAUGCCGAUAAACGAGGGGUAUGGGGCAUUGGAUAUGGGAUUCGAUGCGUCGAUGGCAUUGGGGAUGAACAUGAGCAUGAACAUGAAUAUGAAUAUGGGUAUGAACUCAAGCAUGGCGAUGGGUAUGGGAGUUGGCAUGCCUGGAGACCUGAUGACGAUGAGUGGAUAUGGCGGCAGCACGCAUGACUUUUCUGCGUUCUCUACUGCUGGUCCUUCCUCUAUGCAGUCGUCAUAUGGUGGCCAGCACGCGAACCCAAACGCUAUGUCUAGCGCCUCAUCACUUACUAUGCGUUCUGUCUCCUCUUCUCUACCAUUCCCGAGUCCCGCAAGCAGUUCAACAUCUGGAGCGGUACCUGGCCCUGGACCAAACUCUCUCUCGAUUCCGCGUACUGGCGGUACCGGCACACGUUCAACUAUAUCUCUCCAAACAAGUCUUGGAAAGAGCAGUAAACCAAUGAGUCGGUGGGAUGUAGAGGUCCUACAUGUGCAAGAGCGGAAAAUUCUUGCAGAUAUAUUCCUACCUCAUGCCAAGCAAUGUGGGCUAGACCUCUCGCCUGAGAGACUCUAUCAACGCUUAGAAUUGGAUAACGCUUAUCCCACUCUCUUCCCGCUCCUGGCGUCUUCUCAAAGUCAAAAUCAAAAUAACCAUCCUCAAGGACAUGGACAACAACAACAUUUGCAAAAUCUAGGAGAACUCCGCGCACCACCGGCUCACCCUGCACUCGCUAACGCAAUUUACCUCCUCGCGUGUCAUUUCUCCGCUGUUCACUUAUCUGGGCCUAAUAUAUCUACCACGAGUUAUAGAGAUGGAAGUAGUGCGAAUGGGAAACAGACGGACCUUUCGGCACAUGAGCCGCAUUUCCUUACGCGAGCGUUGCGUGGGAUCGCCGCGGCCCUCGAGGCGGGUGAGGCUGCGGCGACGGAUUCGCCGAGCAGUCGGUCUAGUCGAUCCAGUCGGAGUUCUACGAGGAGUGGAAGUGCGAGUGCGAGAGGGUCGAAUUCGCCGAGGAGUGAGGCUGGGGCGUCACCUGCUUUGAGAGUGCAAUCGAGGAAUAGCUCGAGGCCUUCGACGUCUCAUAAUACUGCAUCUACAUCUGCAUCGACAUCGACGUCGACUUCUGCUGCGAACUUGACUGCUGGGAUAACGACUGGGCUGGGCGGAGGCGUGCCGAAAGAAGAGGAACAACUGGAUACGGCGACGCCGCUUGUGGAUGCUGUACAAGCCAGUGCACUCCUUGCGGUUUAUUUCUUUGCGAAAGCGAGGUUGUUGGAAGGGUAUUAUCAUGCGAGUGCUGCCGCGAGGUUGGCUGUGAGUUUGGGUAUGCAUCAAGUAAGAAGUCCGGUUUGGCGGCCUCCACCUCCACCUACGUUGGCUCCUGCGACGUCUCCGUCGCCUUCGUUCGGAAGUUCGUCGUUUGGGUCGACAACGUUUGACUCUGCUUCCUCGAGCUCAGGUUCGUCUGGCUCAGCUAUGGGAAGCAGUUCGAGUGGGAGUGGGAGUAGUGGGAGUAGCAGUGGAUGGUCCGGAACACCACAUACUUCACCUUCACCCGCUGUACUCCUCGCUCCAGCACGCAGUGCACUCGAGCACCAAGAACGGGUGAGCACCUUCUGGAGUGUGUUCUUUGUAGAUCGAUGUUGGAGCAUUGCGACUGGUUUACCGAGUAGUUUACCGGAUGAUGAGCAUCCGCAGUUGAAGAUCAGUACGGUGUGGCCUUGGGAGGGUGUCAUUACUCUGAACAACAGGGCGGAUGCGGAGUAUGAGAGUUUGGGAGGUCUUUUCGAGGUUAACUCCGGUGAAGAUAUGGGAAGGAGGAGAGGAGGGAAGAACAGGUGUACGAAGGCUUUCAAGGUGAAGGCUGCUGCGUUCUUUGAGAAGGCUGCGCGGAUUACUUCGAUGCAAUCUGAACCCACGCAUUGGGAGCAGCUCACGCAGUUGGAAUAUGCGUUGAAUGGUUUUAUUUCUACGUUGCCUUCGUACCUCUCUACUACGUCUUCUCCCUCUUCGUCCCACUCCCCGUCGUAUUCGCCGGUGUCGACUCAAACGACUGUCGACGUAGACCUCGCACUCACGCACACCCUCGCACAUACAGCGCUUAUCCAGCUUCACCAUCCACGUGCACAGAAGGACCUUACCUCACAUACCAUCUGCCUCCGAGCCGCAUCCUCUUGCACUCAAAUCAUCCGACACCUACAGUUAAACGACUACGGGUUGUUGGAUCCGGUGAUAGGGACGUGUUGGAUGUGUGUUGGGGACGUACUUUUGAGGGAGAGGAGUUGGGGUGGGGAUAUGUCUGGUGUGUCGUAUGAUGUUGGGAGAAGUAGACAACAGCAGGAAUGUGGUGAGGCUGUGGGUGUGGAAGCGGAGUUGGAGUGUGUGGUCAGUGCGUUGAGGCAGUUGAGUUUCGUGUUUCCUGUUGCACUGUACCAGGUACAGAAAGUCGAGCAGUCUCGCGCUAUGGCGUUCUGAAAAGCCGAAGCGUGAAACGUUCCAGACAUGUUGCUUAAUAUUUAUUUCCUGCUCUCCUACUUUGGUUUUUCGCUGGUCCUUGAUCUACGCUUUGCAUGUCGUUCCAAUGCUUUCAACAGGCAUAUCCCGAAUAUAGGAUCCAUAUUUUCAGAUCUAUUAUUUUCGUUUAUGAUUUCUUUUUUUUUUCUCUCUCUUUGGGUUAGUAAAAAGAUCUAUCUCGAGUCAAUACUGUAUCUACUAGUUCAUAGUCCCUCAUCCCCAUUACCCACUCCCUCUUUUCGUCUUUUUUUUCGCUUUCCCCAUCCCGGAGGUUCUUCGUUAAAACGUGGACCAUGCGUGUUGGUUCACAGUUCCCUUUCAUAACCGAUUCGUUCUCGUCUUCGCCUUCGUUUUCAUACACCUUUCGGCAAUGUUUCCUGCUUUGGUUUCGCAAUCGUUAUCUAUUCGGUUUCCUCCUCUCAACACACGUCUUUCCAUCACUUUUCCUUUCAGUUUUUUCAGUUCUACACUAUUCUAGUUCAUUCCGGGUUCCGGCGAGGACAGGAGGUGGAAACGUCAACAACAAACAACAUUAUACGUUAUACCCCCUCGAUCAUUAUCUAUCAUAACCCUCCCCUAUUCCGAAUUUACAAUGCCGUCAUUCUGUGUCCGGAAGGUGUAGAGAGGAUUGAUUUCUGAUUUGCAGAUUGCAGUUUUACCGCAACAAAAUCCUAAACGCACCGGAUACAUUGUGGCUUCGGCUUCGCUUCUCUUCCGUUCCUAACUUCUUUCUAUCUUCUCCUUACCUUAUUUCUUCUUUUCAUUUGACACGGAAUAUCUCUGGUGCAGGACUUCUUACACCUCUCCGUCCUUUGUUUCUCUUCCUGUUCCUUUCCAGAGUGUUCUUGGAACGACUUUUCCCCAAGAAGGAUUGCCUUUGCUAACCUGACACUACUUUUACUUUCAUAUUA